CUUUUGUAUAUUUAUGAUGGCGGGUGAAAGCGAAGAGAGCUUACAAUCAUUUCCUACAAAAAAGGAAAAUAGCUCUGCAUCAACUGAAGUAAACCUCGAUGCCCUGCGGAAAAGAGUUCGGAACUACAUCGAUUUGCAUCUGUACCAAGCUGCAAUUUUCUGGGCUGACAAAGUUGCAUCAGUAUCAAAUGAUGAUACUUCUGAUAUUUAUUGGCUAGCUCAAAGUUUAUAUUACAGUGGUCAGUACCAUAGAGCUGCUGUUUGCAUUAAGUCGAGAAAUCUUCACAAAACAGAUUCAGGGUGUAGAUACUUAGCUGCAAAAUGUCAUUUUGCUGGAAAAGAUUAUAAAGAAGCAUUAGAUGUCCUUAGUGUUGUUGAUCAAAAUACUACAAAUAAUUCAAAUGAAAAUAUUGCAAAUGAAUCACUCGAGUCAGAUAUUGCUAGUGCUAUUUUGUUAUUAAAAGGUCAGAUAUAUGAAGCUAUGGACAACAGAGGACUAGCAUCAGAAUGUUUUCGGGGUGCUUUACAACAGGAUGUAUACUGUUAUGAUGCUUUUGAAUCCCUCGUGCAGCAUCAAAUGCUUACUAAAGAAGAAGAAGUUGAUCUUUUGAAAUCAUUACCUUUUCAUGUUCAGUGUCCAGAUAGUGAACCAAAUAUUGUAAGCUUUUUAUAUGAAACACAGUUAAAAAAAUAUGAUAAGCCUAGUGAAUUAAUAAUACCACCAGAAUUAUCUUCAUUGUCUGGAAAUCUAGACAUUGGAACAGCUCUGGCUGAGAGGUGUUAUUACAAUUGUGAUUAUGAACAGUGUUUUAAUCUUACAACUUCCAUUCUCAAUAAAGAUCCAUUUCAUCUAAAUUGUUUGCCUAUACAUAUAUCGUGUUUAAUGGAACUUGACAAAACAAAUGCUCUUUUUUACUUGGCACACAAAUUAGUUGAUCUGUACCCAGAAAAUGCAGUUUCAUGGUAUGCUGUUGGGUGCUAUUACCUACAGAUAGCGAAAACAGAUGCAGCAAGACGUUAUUUAAGUAAAGCAACAACAAUUGACAGAGUGUACGGGCCAGCUUGGCUUAUGUAUGGACAUUCUUUUGCCAUUGAAAAUGAACAUGAUCAGGCCAUGGCAGCAUACUGCAGGGCAUCACAGUUAAUGAAAGGCUGUCACUUACCUCUAUUGUAUAUUGGUUUGGAAUAUGGCUUAUCAAAUAACAUCAAGCUGGCUGAAAGGUUUUUUACACAAGCUCAGUCCAUUGCACCUGAGGACCCUUUUGUUUUACAUGAACUGGGAGUUGUAGCUUUCCAGAACCAAGAUUAUGAAGCUGCUUUGAAUUAUUUUCAAGAUUCUUUGGGGCGGAUUCAAACAAGUAAACAGACUGUUUUACCUGAGAAAUGGGAGGGGUUAUUAAAUAAUUUAGGUCAUGUUUGCAGAAAACUGAGGAAGUAUGAAGAAGCCUUAAGUUAUCAUGAACACGCAUUAAUGCUUAUACCUCAGAACCCAUCAACAUUUGCAGCCAUUGGAUUUGUUCAUAGUUUGACAGGAAAAUGGGCUGAAGCUGUUGAAUAUUUUCAUAAGGCCUUAGGACUUCAAAGAGAUGAUGUUUUUUCUAAUACCAUGCUAACAGCUGUGAUAGAACAACUAGUCAAAGAAACUUCACCAUGUGUAGAUACACCAGAUGAGCUUCCAGAAUAUUUAUUCCCUUCUGAAGUAUCUUCUGAUACUUGUAAUCCUAAUGAAGAGUCAGGUGACAUAAUGACUGAAAUAAUCACAGACUUUAUUCAAUCACUAAGUGAUCAAACUCAUAAUUCAACUAUAUCCAUGGACGUUGAAAUGGAAGGUGUAGAAUGAAAUCAUCAAAUUAUAUAAUUUUUUAUAGACUGCAUAAACUUGUUUACUAUAAACAAAACAAAUGCCAAAUAAAUAUUAUUACUUUU